AUGCCGAGAUCCAUCACAACCUUGUCGGGAACCAAAGAGUACGUAACAAACGGAGUCGCAACUGCAAUCAACGACCGUUCGAUUGAAAGCUCCCUUGGCUACCCAAUUCGACUACCAGUCCCAGCGGUGCGGCAGCUAAUCAGUAGAGUGACGCCCUCGAUUGUCAACUCAUCGCCUUGGGUCGUAAAGGAUCCUUCUGCAACAACCUUCCACCAGUUACACACAGCAUCUCCGAUCGAUCAAGCUCCAAGAGGUCAAGUCUUACUCGUUCAGGCCCCGAUACAGCAGACUCUAGUUGAUCGAGCCCCAGUCGACCAAGUUCCCGAUGACCACACUCCGGAUGAUCACGCUCCAGCAGAUUCCACGCCAAUAGACCACUCUCCAGCAGAACAAGUUACGCCCUAUCGUACCCUGGUGGUCCAUGCUCGAGCAGGCCACACUCUAGUCAUCCACCUUCUGGCAGGCCAUACUCUAAGCAUCGAAUGCGUUCGCAUAUCAGAGCUACCAAUCAAGCCAGCAUCCUAA